UUGGCUCAACUCGAGGAGGUCCGCCUCUUCCUCUCAUUCACAAAUUCCUUAUUAAUUGAUCCUAUUCUCUCUCUUGCAUUUGAUCUACUUAGCUUUCUCUCUCUCUCGCCUCUUGAUUCUCACACGGCUCGCUUUCGUAAUUGAUUUCACGGUCUGAGCGAUGGUGUUGCACAAAGGCGUCUCUGUGCUUUCCAAGCUACGCUCUCGUCUUUUUCAACAGUCAAAUCUCGACAAGUCCGUGCGAUGGCUUCAAAUACAAACCUCUUCUGAUCUUGACCUUCAUUCUCAACUAAAGGAGUUGAUUCCCGAACAGCAGGAUCGUUUAAAGAAAUUGAAGUCGGAAUGUGGGAAGGUUCAACUGGGAAACAUUACCGUUGACAUGGUCCUUGGUGGAAUGAGAGGAAUGACAGGUUUACUGUGGGAAACGUCAUUACUUGAUCCUGAAGAGGGCAUACGCUUCAGGGGUUUGUCCAUUCCUGAAUGUCAGAAAAUGUUGCCAGCUGCUAAGCCUGGUGGAGAGCCAUUGCCCGAGGGUCUACUCUGGCUCCUUUUAACAGGAAAGGUGCCAACUAAAGAGCAAGUAGAUGCAUUAUCCAAGGAAUUACGUAGCCGUGCUGUUGUUCCAGAUUAUGUGUAUAAAGCUAUUGAUUCCCUGCCUGUUUCAGCUCAUCCAAUGACCCAGUUUGCAACUGGUGUUAUGGCUCUCCAGGUUCAGAGUGAAUUUCAGAAGGCAUAUGAAAAGGGAAUCGCAAAAUCCAAGUACUGGGAACCAACAUAUGAGGACUGUCUUAGUUUGAUUGCUCAAGUGCCGCUUGUGGCUUCAUAUGUCUAUCGCAGGAUGUUCAAGAAUGGGGAAGUUAUACCCAAGGAUGAUUCCCUUGAUUAUGGAGCUAAUUUUGCUCAGAUGCUUGGUUUUGAUAGUCCCGAAAUGCAUGAGCUUAUGAGGCUGUACGUCACCAUUCACAGUGACCAUGAAGGAGGAAAUGUCAGUGCUCACACUGGUCAUCUAGUUGCUAGUGCUCUUUCAGAUCCUUACCUUUCAUUUGCAGCUGCAUUAAAUGGCUUGGCUGGACCGCUCCAUGGCUUAGCUAAUCAGGAAGUUCUGCUAUGGAUCAAAUCUGUGGUAGAGGAGAAUGGUGAGAACAUGACCACUGAACAGCUGAAAGACUAUGUCUGGAAAACAUUGAACAGCGGGAAGGUUGUUCCUGGAUUUGGACAUGGAGUUUUGCGCAAUACUGAUCCAAGGUACACGUGUCAAAGGGAGUUUGCAUUGAAGCAUCUACCUGAUGAUCCACUGUUUCAGCUGGUGUCAAAGCUUUAUGAAGUAGUGCCUCCUAUACUUACUGAACUUGGCAAGGUGAAAAACCCUUGGCCCAAUGUUGAUGCCCACAGUGGGGUGUUGCUGAACUAUUAUGGUCUAACUGAAGCAAGAUACUACACCGUGCUUUUUGGAGUAUCAAGGUCUAUUGGGAUUUGCUCUCAGCUAAUAUGGGACCGAGCUCUUGGAUUGCCACUGGAGAGGCCGAAGAGUGUUACUAUGGAAUGGCUAGAAAAGUUCUGCAAGAAAUCGGCUUAAACCAUUGAUUAACUAGGACUGAUUGCCGCAUCCUUUUUCUCAAUAAUGGAUAUUUUUUUGAGGGGAAUGGUGAGUUGAAGGGAAUAAGGUGGGAUGUUUUUGGGUCUGAAUGUAAAAAUUUGAUGGCCAUUUGGUUUGCUCAGCUGCUGGACCAACCCCCUCUAUCCGGGGAGUUCUGAAUUUAGUUAGAUCCUUCUUGUUAGCUUGUUCUCUUGCUUUGCUGAGUCCUAGAGUUUGGCUUGUGGUUAAACUCUCUGCUGUUGAUUCAGGAUUUUCUUUUUGCUUGUACUUCCACUAUCAUCAUCAUCACCUCAGGCUCCUUGUUGCACUUUUUUAAGGAAGGAAAGUAGCCAAUAAAGGCUAAAGUUUAUUUUUUA